CUCGUCAAUGAUCUUUUGAAUUUCUUGGUUGCUUGCAGUACAGAACAGUCACGUAUUAUUCGCCGUUUAUGGACGUCAAAUUAAUGGAAGCAGAAGACAUCUACGUCGAAGAUGGAACGACAGAUUUCCGUAACGAGCCCGCCAUCAAGAAAGAAACAGGAACCUGGAAAGCCUGCCCAUACAUCCUAGGAAACGAAUGUUGCGAAAGAUUAGCAUACUACGGGAUCAACACGAAUCUUGUCAAAUAUCUCAAAUUUCAACUAAACCAACGCAAUGUUGUGGCGGUAAAUAACGUGACCAAUUGGUCAGGGACGUGCUAUGUCACACCCUUGCUUGGAGCCUUUCUAGCCGAUGCCCACUUGGGAAGAUAUUGGACCAUCGCUUCCUUCUCUAUCAUUCAUGUCAUUGUAAGUUUGCUAAUUCUCUCAUUUUCUUUUCGUGUGCUAAAGCCACCCUGUGACAACAACAUUAAUGUUUGCCAUCCAACAAGGUUGCAAACAGCAGUAUUCUCUGUCGCACUUUAUCUGAUAGCUCUUGGGACAGGUGGGAUAAAGCCAUGCGUUUCAUCCCUUGGUGCAGACCAGUUUGAUGAUUCCGAUGCAGCUGAGAAGAAAAAGAAUUCUUUCUUCAACUGGUUCUAUUUCUCCAUCCACAUUGGAGCCCUUAUUGCAGCCUCAGUGCUUGUUUGGAUACAAUCUAAUAAUGUGGGUUGGGGUUGGGGGUUUGGGAUCCCAGCCGCGCUAAUGGCAAUUGCUGUUGGGAGUUUCUUCUCGGGCACGAGGUUGUGCAGAAACCAGAGGCCUGGUGGGAGUCCCUUGACACGCAUACGUCAGGUCGUUUUUGCAUCCUUGAGAAAAUUCCGCGUUCAAGUGCCAACGGACAAGUCUUGUCUGUAUGAGACUGUCGACGAGGAAUCUACCGUCGAAGGAAGAAAAAGGCUUGAUCACACGGAGCAAUUAUGCACAUUCAUUGAUCUCUUUGCAGGCCUUCCAUUAGAUAUUGUUCAUGAUUUGGCAAUCGGCAGUGAUAUAUACAUAUAUAUGGUUGGAGACUCUGCUUCCCUUUCCAUCUUCGACACCAUUAGUUUCAUCUUCUGGGUUUCCCGUCUACAACCGUUUCAUCGUCCGUUGGCCAGAAAAUACACCGGCCACAAGAACGGAUUCACCCAACUCCAACGCAUAGCAAUCGGCCACGUGAUUUCAGUCUUCGCUAUGCUAGCUGCAGGGACUUUAGACCUCGUGAGGCUCCGCCAGGUGAGGAAGCACGAUUACUACGAUCUCAAGCACGUACCCAUGUUGGUAUUUUGGCAAGUGCCUCGGUAUUUCAUCAUCGGAUGCGCAGAGGUUUUCACGUUCAUCGGGCAGCUGGAGCUCUUCUACGAGCAGGCUCCGGAUGCGAUGAUCAGGAGCCUGUGCUCGGCUCUCUCGCUAUCGACCGCUGCGCUGGGAAACUAUGCGAGCACAAUGCUUGUUAAUUUUGUGAUGGAGGUUAGCACCAGGGAUGGCGGGUCUGGGUGGAUACCGGACAACUUGGAUUAUGGUCAUCUUCACUAUUUUUUCUGGCUUCUGGCAGUGUUAAGUGUGCUGAUCACCUUGGGGAUUUAUCACAAGAGGCUUCUACGUGCUUUGCCGUGGAGCUGGCCCUAAAUAUUUCUAGAGAGAAGCUCUAUCUUCUAUCUAAAAAUUCAAACCGAAAACCACCUUAGAGAAGGGUCCGCCUCCCUUCCUCCCUCUUCUCAGAUGGAGUUUCAUCAAGUAUUUAAUUUUCUAGUCGGUAUUUUAGUUUUUAUUUUUAUUUUUUUUCUUUUUAGUAAAAAUAUGGAGAAGCAGUUUUUGAUAUUUUCUGGUGGCCAAUGACCACCACGCGCCCUACUGUUAGGUUCCUAGGCCGCUGAUCUUUCAAAUCACAUAUGGUUUUGUCAAAAUGAGCGGCAUAUAAUCUACACACACGGAUCAAAGUGAGCAUGUGAUUUCCACGCGCCACCAUAAAGAGGGCUCUGCUGUAACCACCCGCGGUGUUUUUGAGGUCAACCAUUUCGGUAGAUUUAGGAUUGAUGGUCUGGCACACUACAAUCUCCUUACUUAGUGUUUUUUCAGUUUUAAGUGUAUUUCAAGUUUUUGUUUAUUGUUAUUUUGGUUUUUUCAAUAUUUCCUAUUUAUUUCUAUUAUGUUAUUUGUAUUAGGUGAAAAUAAAAAGAAAUUGCCUAUUGGACUUGUUA